UAUUUCUCAGCGCUUGAAGACAGAAAUGCAUUUAUGGGAUCCCUGUGCGGAGAUACUGCUUUACAACAUGAAUCUAGAUGCCACACCUCACAUUUGCACCAUCAGCACAUCAUAACUGGACCUUUCUGCUCUGUGCUGUUGAUUAUUUCAGAUUAGUUAUGCUGGAAAAGGAUGGUUGUAAUUCCUGUUUGACAGCACUCAUGGUUCUGCGAGUUUCCCUCGUGGAUGAACUGGAAGGACGGAUCGACUCUUUGCUGGAAAUCUUAGUAAGUCGGGAGGUGUUCACUCGUGAUGACCGUGAGGAGGUGUUGUGUCUGUUGGGGCCUCGGGCAAGAGUGAGAAAGGUGUUGGAUAUCUUGACAUGUAAAGGCGAGGAAGCAGCUGAGAUUUUUCUCUCAAUUAGCAGUCAUCAGAAAGAGGUACAGACGCACUCCAAUGAAGGCAACACAGAUCAGCCUCAAUCCGAAGAGUAUAACAAAGUCAAACGAAAGCAUAAAGAUGUCCUUGCACGCCGAAGUGAGAGCAUGCUCUUCUACAAUACUCGACACGGAGAGAAAAUCCUUUUUUCCGAACACUAUGUGAAUCUCUUGUUGGCCGAUGGACACCAGGGCUUGGAGAUAAAAAGACACGAGGUGCUGACAUUUGGACAAAAGCGACUAUCUUUGCAGCAGAAGUCAGCAGUGCAUAGGAAAAUCACACCAGCUGAACUCUUUUCAAGCACCCAUGGAAACCGUCCGGUUAAGAAAGUUCUGGUGUCAGGGGUGGCCGGCAUCGGAAAAACCAUCCUGGUGCAGAAGAUGCUGUUCGAUUUUGGGAGAAACAGGGAACACCUUGCAUUUGACUUCAUUAUCCACAUAACGUUCAGAGACCUGAAUCUGAUUGACAAACCGACAAACCUCCGGGACCUGGUCUUGCGUAAAAACAGGCACCUUGCUAAGGAACUGGAUAACAUUUUAGCAAAUGACAACAAACUGCUGAUCAUCUUGGAUGGCUUUGACGAGUUCAGACACUACAGGAGCUGUGACGUAGACGCAUUUGUGACUGAGCCAGAUGAAGAUGCAGAGGUGGUGGAGGUCCUUGGGAGUCUGUUGCAAGGUGAACUGCUGCCGAAUGCUUCCGUCAUGCUGACAAGUCGACCAGCAGCAAUCGACCACAUCCCUGUGGGCUGUAUUGACCGAUUUGUCCUCAUCGCCGGUUUCUCCUUGGCUGAAGUUCAGGACUUCUUUUUACGUUACUUCCAGGACAGUGUCAUUGCUGACCGCAUGUUUGCAGUGGUGUCAGCGAAUGAGCUAAUGCUGACGCUGUGCUACAUACCUGCGUUUUGCUUCAUCGUGUGCUGCAUCCUCAAAGAAAGCAAAAACCUCUGUGGAGAGAGCCCCAAGACCAUGACCGACAUUUACGUGCAGUAUCUGGUGGCCUUACUUCGCUCUCACACUCAAGCAAGAGCCGAAACAUUUCGUCAAGACCAGAAAGCGGGGGCCGUCCACCAGCUGUCAGAUAUCGUGCUAAAGCUUGGUCGACUCGCCUUCCAAAAGCUAAUAGAGCAUCAAACACUUUUCUACAGCAGCGACCAAGAUGUUGCAGCGUUAGAGGGAUGCAGCCUUGUUAGUACCUUCCUUGACAAGACAGUGGCACAAGAGCCUGGCUGCACUGAAGAAGUUUACUCCUUUGCACACCUGACUGUUCAAGAGUUCUUUGCUGCAGUUUUUUGUGCAGUGACAGAUCACCCAUUACCUGAUGCACUCCAGUACACUGCAGGUCCAGGGGAGGGCUCCAACACUGGACAUUUAGACCUUUUCAACCGCUUCCUGUCUGGAAUCCUCUCUGAACGCAAUGCUAAUCUUCUGUCGAGGCAGGUGGGGCUGUGCUGCCAUAAAGACAAAGUAGACACCUGUCGUCAGAAGAUCAUCAGAGAGCUCACAAUGCUCUGUGAGAAUGGGGAACAUGUCCUAAACCAUUUACACUGCCUGUUUGAGCAACAGGACCCUUCUUUGGCCCUUGCUGUGCAACCAAAGACACUACGAGUUAAUGUUAGUGAUGGAGCACUCACCCAAAUGGAUUACAAUGCUAUCAAGUACUUCCUAAACCUCACAAAGGGCACAAUAUCAGAGCUGGAUCUUACAGGGACAGGAGUGAGCUGUGAGGCACUCAGAGAUAUUCAGCCUCUGCUGCUCAGGUGUGACAGACUUUGGCUUGGAGAAAACAACCUCGACAUGGACACAGUUCAGGUCAUCGCUGAUGUGCUGAAAGUGUCAGACAAUGUAACCCAACUGGGACUUGGAUGGUCAGACAUCGGUGAUGAUGAACUUCUGGCUCUGUCUAGUGCCAUACGGGUGAAGAGAAAGCUUGAGGAAUUGUGGAUGGAGGGAAACCGAGUGAGCUCCAGAGGUCUGCUGUCACUUAGUGACUUGACCCCAAACCCUCUGAAAAGAGUUGUAGCUAUAUGGAAUGACGUGGCUGACACAGACCCAGAGUCCUUCAGCACCCAGGAAAGCAUAACUGUGAGCUUCACAGAUGACGAUAUGUGGGAGGCGUGGGGGGAAUGGGUCUUCAAAAGGUGUGAGGUCAGCAGCAACGAGAAGUUGGUGACGGUACUCCACAAAGUGUGCAACAUAUCAGUGCACUGCUUAGAAACCCAGUGGGCGAAGACUUUCUACAAGCAGCUAUCGCAGCUCAUCAAGCACAGGAUUGAGGGCUGCACCGAGGACGACAUGUGCAAGAGGCUCAAAAAGUUUGAGGGCAUUUUGGACCUCUGACAGACAUCGCUAACCUCAAGUCAUAAGCUACAUCAAAUGUCUGUUUGACGCAGAAUGCUUUGAGCGUAACAAACUUUUCUCUCCUUUUAAUAUUUGUAUUUGUAUCUUUAACAUUUGUAUUUAUCUAUUUGUAUUUAUUUUGUUUAAUAUGCACUGUCACUCUUCACAGAUGAAGUUUCUAACAGAAAAAUAAAGUUCUUUGAAUUGAAUUGAAUUGAUUGUGGAGCACAAACGGGAAAAAACAGGGUACUGUUGAAGCAUGCAGGACAAGUCUUCUUCAUGCUUAAAGCACAAAAACAAUACAAAAUCAGAGGUAAGAACCCUUCUUCCAACAUUGCCUAGACACAAAUUAAACAUGCUUUUAAAGUAAAACUCAUCAGACAUAACCCAGCUGGCACCGGACGUCACUAUGUCAAUAUAGCAGAUGUUAAAUUUUGGUUGGAAUGAAACGAUAUUGACAAUAUAUUAAAGGUCUAAUGUUUGACUUUCACAUUGUGUGGAUGUUAACAUUAUGAUGUCUUGCAUUUAUGGGUCUGUUCUCCAUGUCUUAAGACUAAAUGUCGUUAUUGUAUGUGAAGAUGAUGUUGGCAUGAGAUGUUUUUAAGACACUUGAUGUAGGUUAUUUAAAAUUUACCCAUUAACAAUGUCUUGCUAUGUUGGUGGCCAGGCGACCUAGGAAUCCACAGUUGUAACUUAUUUGUGUGUGCGUAGGAUAACAUUACUAUUGCAGUAAUCAGUUGGGUGAUGGAGGUUAAGGUUAGCCCUACUGAUAGAAUCAGUUGUGUGUUCAGAGAGGAAAAGGAAGUCGUGGCCCGUACGGGGAUCGAACCCGCGACCUUGGCGUUAUUAGCACCACGCUCUAACCAACUGAGCUAACCGGCCAUGUUUGUAGAAAAAAAAUGUUCAGGAUUUGAUACUAAGUACAUAUGAUAUAUUUGUCCACUGUGGUGUCCAGAUAAAGCCUGUAACGCCGUGUUUGUAAGUGUCCCUUAACGUUACGUCUGUUAACGUUACGUAGUGUCCACACAUCUUACGUACAGAAAAAAAGUAACGGUUGAAAAUGAAAUGAAAUACGAGUUGAUUUUCAGAAUAAGUUAACCUAACGUUACUGGAAAAAAACAUGUAGAGCUCGGGUAAAGUCUUAUUUUCCUUUUCCAAA